GCUUGGCUGGGGUGUGCAGCUGACGCUCUCCUCCUUGGUUGAUGGCUCUGUCAGUCUCUCGGUCUCCCCAUCACCUGGUAACUGUCAGCGAGCAGGAGCCGGGGGACGAGGCAGACGCCGGGGUAUGAGGCGAGAGGGGCGGUGCGGCAGGUGCUGGGCUGUCACCAGGUUUUCUUGACUACUGAGUCCAAGAGAUUAGGAAACGGAACAAUGUUGAGAGACACAAUGAAGUCUUGGAAUGAAAGCGCUGACAUAUACAGCAGUGACCAGGAAGAGGAAGAGGAAGAAGAGGAGAUGAUCUUUGGUGAAAAUGAUGAUGACCUUGAAGAACUGAUGGAUUUUAGUGACCUACCAACGUCCCUGUUUGCAUGUAGCGUACAUGAGUCUGUCUUUGAGAUGGAGGAACAGAAGGAAAGAUUCAAAGCUCUAUUCACAAUAUAUGAUGACCAGGUUUCGUUCCAAUUGUUCAAAAGCUUUAGACGAGUGAGAAUUAACUUCAGUAACCCAGAAGCAGCAGCAAGAGCGAGAAUUGAGCUUCAUGAGUCUGACUUUAAUGGAAAGAAGUUAAAAUUGUAUUUUGCACAGGUUCAAAUGUCUAAUGAGGAAGGAGAAAAAUCCUUUCUGUUGCCUCCCCAGCCUACAAAGCAGUUCCUAAUCUCUCCUCCAGCAUCUCCACCUGUAGGAUGGAAACAAAGUGAAGACCCAACACCGGUUCUCAACUAUGAUCUGCUGUGUGCGGUUUCAAAACUUGGCCCAGGGGAGAAGUAUGAACUCCAUGCAGGGACAGAGUCCACUCCUAGUGUGGUGGUUCACGUAUGUGAGAGUGAAAAUGAAGAAGAAGAGGAUGAUGUAAAAAGACCAAAACAAAAGAUCGUUCAGACUAAGUGCCCUGCGCAUUCCUCUGCCAUUAUAAACUAGUUUUGAUGCUUUUAUCUUUAAAAAGAAAAGAAAACCAGAAAACAUAUCUUUAAAGGGAAAUGUAGAUUGUACUAUUCACUUUAUGUAUAUAGCUAAAGACAAUCUAGGUCCUAUUAUGAGAAGUGGUAUAAAUGCUGUAUUUAUUUUUGUGUGUUAUAUAUAUAUUUUAUUUGCUAUUAUGUAUGUUCUACAGUGUAUCAACUGUUUUAACCAUUUUGCUAAAACCAAAAUGGUUGACUGCAGUAAAAUGUAUUGUCUCCCAUAGCACUGUUUUAUAGGGACAAGAAUGUUGUUGUCACUUAAACAAGAAUUACACAAAAUGAAACCUAGUUCUGGAUGGAGCACACGAUUGUUACAUUUAAAUAAGGAUUAUUUACUUACCUUGAGCAUGGUGUCCCCCUGUUCCCACAUGUCACCUGAUACUUGCAGUGUUGCUCUGGCGGGUGUGGAUCAUAGGGUUGACCAUACUUAGGUCGAAAGUGUCUAGGUUGACACCUGAAAUAGGUCGACAUGAUAAAAGGUCGACAUGAGGUUAAUUUUUUUUUUCUUCGUACAGUGGGGGUGAUUCCGAGUUGUUCGCUCGCUAGCUGCUUUUAGCAGCAUUGCACAUGCUAAGCCGCCGCCCUCUGGGAGUGUAUCUUAGCUUAGCAGAAUUGCGAACGAAAGAUUAGCAGAAUUCCGAAUAGAAAAUUCUUAGCAGUUUCUGAGUAGCUCGAGACUUAAUCACAAAUAGCGAUCAGUUCAGUCAGUUUCGUUCCUGGUUUGACGUCACACACACGCCCAGCGUUCGGCCAGCCACUCCCCCGUUUCUCCAGAAACUCCCGCGUUUUUCCCUGGCACGCCUGCGUUUUUCCGCACACUCCCAGAAAACGGCCAGUUUCCGCCCAGAAACACCCACUUCCUGUCAAUCACACUACGAUCACUUCAACGAUGAAAAAUCUUCGUUCGGGCGUGAGUAAAUCUACUAAGUUUUGUGUUAAAAUACUAACCGCAUGCGCACUGCGAACCAUGCGCAUGCGCAUUUUUGCCUUAAUCGCUCCGUUGCGAAAAUCGGCAACGAGCGAACAACUCUGAGUGACCCCCAGUGACCGGGAACCCCAAUUAGUAACAUAGUUGUUGAGGUUGAAAAAAGACAAAUGUCCAUCGAGUUCAACCUGUAUUAUAAUUUUAUAAUAAUUAAAUGCUGUAUCCUUGGAUAUUUUUUUCAGCUAGGAAUCUAUCUAAUCCAUUUUUAAACUUAUUGAUUGAAUCCACCAAUACUACCUUCUCUGGCAGAGAAUUCCAUAUCCUUACAGCUCUUACUGUGAAGAACACUUUUCUCCGUUGUGUAUGAAUUUUUUUUUUUUUCUUCUAACCUCAGGGGGUGUCCUAUAUAGCGAGUUUUUUGAUAAACAAAUCGUUUGAUAAAUCCUUGUAUUGUCCCUUUAUAUAUUUAUAAAUAUUGAUACGGUCCCCUCUCAAUCGCCUCUUUUCCAGUGUAAACAUAUCUAACCUUUUAAAUCUUUCCUCAUAAUUCAAUGCCUCUAACCCCUUAACCAGUUUGGUGGCUAACCUCUGAACCCUUUCGAGUUCCAAGAUAUCUUUUUUUUUAUAGUGAGGUACCCAGAACUGUACACAAUAUUCCAGGUGUGGCCGCACCAAUGAUUUAUACAGUGGCAGGAUUACACUCUCAUCCCUUAUCUCCAUUCCCUGUUUUAUGCAUGCUAACACCUUAUUUGCUUUUGUUGCUGCAUUUUGACAUUGCGUACUGCUACAAAGUUUAUUAUCGAUGAGCACCUGAAGCUUCGCUCGCCAUGCUUCGGGCAAGGUGCCUCGCUCCACUACUGCUGCGCUCAGCACAGGUUACCAUUUCCAAUUGUAGUCCACGUGGAUCAUAAAGUAUGAUAGUUAAAAAAAUUGAAAAACUCAUGUCGACCUUUUGUCAUGUCGACCUUAUGCAUGUCGACCUAGAGACCGGAUACCGCCUUGGCUACACUGCUUUAGGAUUGAGCAUGUCAGGGAGGCAAUAGGAACGGUCAUUCCUCUUCUAUGCGAGCCUUCCAUUUUCAUGAAUAGGAAGUUCACAGUAGAGUGAAAUGGCAAAAAUGUUCUCUCUCUGACAGAGACAAGUGGUGGUAGUGUGACACUGUCUGAGGCUUCGGGGGCUUCCAGACUGUGUAACGCCACACCCCUGGUAAGUAAAUCUGUUGUUUGUUAACAUGUAAAUUCCAAAGUUUUAAAAUUCUGUCUGACUUGUUGUUUAGCUGCUGAUUGUACCCAAUAUGUUGGUUAUCUGAGAUGUGUGGUAUAUUGUAAAAGAGGUGCAUAAAUGGAAAGAAAUAAUUUGGCAAACCUUUCCCAUAACUGUGAAUGUAUUUUAUAGACUGAUGUAGGUAAAAAAAAAAAAAAAUACACUUAAUUUUUUUUUUUCAGCAUUAUAUAAGUAUUAGCAAAUGCCAAUGGUGUAACUGUGUGUUAGAUUUUAUAAAUAUGCUAUAUUUGCUGAAUGUUAAAAAUGUCUUGUAUUAAGUGGACUGUUAAGUACAGAUGUGGCGGUAGUAAAAAUCACUAUUUGCUUAAUUUCACUAUACAGUGAGUAAAUAAAGGGUUUGUGUGAGAUGAAUGAAAUGACAAAUUGCAGAACUAAAGCGUAUUUUAUAAGUCCAUUCUUACAGUAUUUCUGAACCAGAGGAAACAAAGUACAGGGAAAAACUACUUCUCCAAAUUCUGAAAGCAACACAUCAAAUUUAUGUCCUGAUCUGUUCUGUUCCUUAUAUGGAAAUGUUACUGUUUGUUUGGAGAAUAUUUCAAAAUACUCUUUAAUAUUGGGUGCUAUAGUUUUCUUAUAAAUUCAAUUUACAGUUGACACUUAAUGCUAGAGCUUGACCUUUUUGCAUAUACUGUUUGAAUAGAAAUGGUCUGUUUUUAAAUUACUGUGAGUAGUCAAAUAGAAAUAUAUUUUCUAGUUUUAUAUAGCGACAAUCUAUAUUUGCAGUUCUAUAGAAAAUCACUCUAUUGAUGGAAAGCCAUUAGAAUGGGUUUCUUACCCUUAUUAUAUGGUGGUCCUAAAGCCCCUAUGGGGAUGUUCUAAAGGAACAGUUAAUGCAUUCCCUUUGUAACAGAUUCAUGCUGGUUACUCACAUUAGACUGUAGUAUCACUGUGUUGUAUGUUAUGUUAUGUCUUGGUUAUACUUUGCACAGUAAUGAAAACUAGAAGGUGGAACCAGAUUUUAGUACCUUUUUUGUUUAUUAAUUAUAGUAUGGUGUUUACUCUUUUUUUUUUUUUUAAUUCUUUCUUUUUUAAUGUUUCUCCUCAUCACCAGUUUUCAAAAACAUUCCUGCCUGGGUGCCACAACUGAGUAUGGUGCAUCACUUUUUGGGAGGGGUCGCAAAGAACAUAAGAUAGUCUAUUGGAUCAGUGUCCCAAUUUGCAGGUCAGAUAAUGAGCCGAUCAAUCAGAUUACACAAGCGUUUAUCAUCAGGCAUAUCUCCAGCAUAUGCCAGUGAGUUAGGUAGGAAGUAAGUAAAAGCAACCAAAGGUAAGGAGAUAAAAGAAAACAGAAUUUUGAAUAGGCAAUCACCGGAGUGGCGAAAAAAAACAAACCCCCAGGUAAUUGGUGGAUAGGAAAUAGACUCAGAUGAUGGUGAGAUUAAAAGGGAGGAAAUGGAAAGAAGGAAUAGAUUGGCACACUGGAAAGAACACAAGCAAGUGGAUGUCUUGCUGACAAUAAAUGGAGUGAGAGAAUAGGUAAGUGAGGAGCGGUGAGAACGUAAGCAUUAAAGUCUCAUAGCAUCCUGCAUCAUAGUGUCCUAUGCAUGUAAAGGUUCACAACACCCUUUAAUUUUACCAUGCAUUUAAGAUUCUUAACGCUAGACACAAAAUGUGUCAGUAGAUCGAACCUGUUAAUGUAAACCACCUCUCAGUCACUGCCCAUGAACGCCUGUCAGAACUGCAUGGCUCUCCCUGCACUUCCAAUCUGUGUCCCUGGCGGUAACCAUUGGGAGGCAUGUGCAGAUUUAAAACCUCUACAUUGGGCCCUGAAGUUCUAGAGGUGGCUGCUGACUGCACUCUCAUUCAACCUCCCACAGCCUCUGACCAUCCAUACUUGACCCUGGGCCUAAUUCCUAUUUGUACGCACAUGCUUUAGCAUGUGCCAUUUUCUCAGUUUCGCAGCUGCUCUUAUUAAUAAUUGAAGCUGCCGACCAGGAAUGGAAAGAGACGCCCAUGGGAGCUAUUGCAAACUCAUUCAGAAUUUGCGUACACACAGCCAAUAUGCAAAAAUGUGCAUACACACAACCAAUAUGCAGACUGGACAUGGAGGUAGCGAUGCAGGAACCAUGUUUUUGUACAUAUGAGCCCGCUGCUGAUGGCAGAUAGAGGCCCUGAAAAUGGUAAUGACACGUUUGCAUUUUUGCUACCACUCCUUGUUACCACCUCCAAAUGGUCACAUCCUGUCAAUCACUCUCCCAUGAAUCCUCAUUGUGAUCGCAGCGACCUCUUGAUGCAUGCACAGUGCGUUUGCAGCACAUGUGUAGUCUGCUGAUCGUUCACUUGCGCGAACAUCAGCCAUGGAGUACAAACAUGAAUUAGGCACCCCUGAAUCUAGUGCUGGGGCAAGUUGCAUUCAGCCGAGAGGUGAACAGGAUCUAUUCUAUAGUGACACAUCCGUAUGUGGUAAAUUAUCUGUGAAAGUAGAAAAAUAAAAACCUGUGGGAACAGAUUAUGGUUUCCACUGAAGUGAGCAGGCAUUAGUGUUUAUAUUAAAAUGGCACCAUAUUUUACUGCAGGAAGUGUUUGUACGUCUACUGUAAUGCUUUUCAAAGCUAUACAGUCUUUUCAAACUGUCGGUUAGGGCUUUAUUAUUUAUUUUUGACACUGUCCAUUACAAGUUACUGACAUAAUGUCUGACUGUCAAUCUAGCUGUCCUUUUUGUAAGGCCUUUCUCUAACGUCCUAGGGGAUACUGGGAAACUUAGUUACCCGAUCUAACCCCCAUGGUAAAUACGUUGUCCAGUAUCCCCUACGGACUUACUGGUAGGUAUUAAAUUCCUAUUUUCUCGAUCGUCCUAGGGGAUACUGGGAAACGUAGUUACCAUGGGGGUAUAGAUCGGGUCCAUUGGAGCUUGGCACUUUAAGAAAUCAUUAGUGUGAGCUGGCUCCUGCCCUCUAUACCCCUCCUGCAGACUCUGUUUAGAAAACUGUGCCCAAGGAGCCGGGUGCAUUCCUCUGGAGCUCCAGAGAGUCUUCUUCAGAAAUGUAUUUUACUUUGUUAUUUUCAGGCAGCACUGGCUGGCACCAGUCUGCCUGCAUCGUGGGACUUAGGAGGGGGGGGGGGGGGGGGGGGGACGAAACAACUUCUUAUACAAUUAAUGGUUUGUAUCCCCGCUGACAGGGCAUUAAGCUCCUGAGGCGCUGUUUCACAUACCCCCAGGGUGUGUGCACACGCCGGUAGCAUGCCGCCACCCCAAACAGAUGUGAUGCGGUGAGUACAGGCACCGGGGGUCCUGGUUAGCGGGUCCCCGGUGGAAAUGGCGGCAUGAGGGCACGGCGGUCACUCAGCUGCGGGCUGAGGUGAAUGUAAAAACAAAUCUAUGGCCACUUUUCCUGUCUCCAGGGAAUUGAACACACUUUUUCAGGAAGUAUGGGUUAAUCCUAUAAAAAAACAUUUUUUUUUAAAUUACAUUUUUAAACCCCAAAGCGGUUACUGCAUUACUUCCCGUUUUCCCUGACGAUAGGAAGGUAUGCGAAAACCCUCCGAUUGUGGACACCUCAGUGUCCAGGCUGUCAUGUUACAUUGUAUAUUACCUGUCACCCUGAAAGACUCAGCUGGCCGUAAAAUUGAGAUCACACUCGAAUCCAUUUACACAGCUGUGGGCAUCGCACAGAGGCCCGCCAUGGCUAAGUAGUCUGGUAAUAUAAUUUGAAGGGUUUCACACCAUGUCUGAGGAGGAUAUCCUGACGUUACUGCAACAUGAGUGAGGCGCUCAAGGAGAUAGGCCUCCUUAAUGCUCGUUCCAAGGCUAUGGCAGUCUCGGCUUGCAUAGCUCUGUGACUGUGACAAUGGAGCGGAUGAUGAUUCCAAGUAAGGAGUGGUAAAUCUUCCUUUUACAGGGGAUUCCUUGUUUGGGGACAAACUAAACAAGUGGAUUUCUAAAGCAACGGCAGGUAAGUCUACUUAACUGCCAUCUGCUGUGACUCCGACUAGACGUCCCUACCCCGGCCCCUCUCUACAGUCCUUUCGUGUGGCAAGGUUUAGGGGCAGGGCCAGAGGCGCUCGGAUGCAACCAGAGGUACUAGAGGGACAUCUUGAAAACCUGCAGCUGCUGGGACUCUGGACCAGGCCUCCAGAUCCUCCUCCAUUAAGACCUCCGUGUGACGCUUGGCCCUAGCUGCAGGGGGACUUUCAGGUGGGUGCUCAACUACAAUAUUUUGCCCAGGUAUGGGAAAAUACCUGCCGGGAUCCUUGGGAGAGGGACCUCGUUUCCCAGUGUUACCGGUUGGAAUUUCAUGUACUCCCUCCUCUGUUUCAGGGCCACAAUGCCAGUGUCAAGGAUACUCCUCUGGGUGGAAGCCAACGUAAGGGUCAUUUCGACUGUGUUCAUUCCGGGAGUAGACAACUGGGAAGCAGACUUCCUCAGCAGGCACGUCCUCCAUCUGGGGGAAUGGGGCCUUCACUCCUCAGCAGGCACGUCCUCCAUCUGGGGGAAUGGGGCCUUCACCCUCAGGGGUUUCAACAGCUAGUUCACCGUUGGGGCUGUCCACACAUAGACAUGAUGGCUUCUCGUCUCAAUAAGAAGCUGCAUCGCUACUGUUCCAGGACGAGGGAUCCGCAGGCUGCAGCGGUGGACGCUCUGACGGCACCGCAGACUUGCCAGUUCGUGUAUCUGUUUCCUCCGAUUCCUCUCAUUCCCAGAUUUCUAAAAAGACUUAAAAGGUGAAAACAUUCAGGUAAUUCUAAUUUCCCGGUUUGGCCUCGCUGAGCCUGGUAUGCGGACCUCCUGACCAAGUCACUCGAAGAGCCCUGGCCUCUACCUCUUCUCAAGGAUCUUCUUCAGCAAGGUCCGUUCGUCUUUCCAGACUUACCAUGGUUACGUUUGACGGCUUGGAAGUUGAGAGGGAGAUUCUAGGCAGAAAGGGUCUUCCCUCCAGGGUUAUUUCAACUAUGGUACAGGCCCGUAAGGUGGUCACGUCUAAGCAUUACAUCGUAUCUGGUAGAAAUAUUUCUCGGUGUAAAGGUAGAGGUUAUUCUGCUGUGGAAUUUCGACUGGGCCGCUUUCUGCUUUUCCUGCAAGCAAGUGUGGAUUUGGGCCUACGGUUAGGCUCCAUCAAGGUUCAGAUAUCUGCUCUCUCCAUCUUCUUUCAGAAACAGCUGGCUGUACUUCCUGAAGUACUGGCAUUCUUGAAGGGCGUUCUUCGCAUUCAACCGCCCUUUGUUCCUCCCACGGCCCUGUGGGAUCUCGUUGUGGUGCUGACCUUUCUCCUGUCAGACUGGUUUGAACUUCUUCACAGGGUGGGCUUGAAAUAUCUUACUUGGAAGAUGUUGCUGGCAUUGGCCUCUGUGAGGCGUGUGUCUGAAUUGGGGCCCUUAGCCUGUAAGAGCCCUUAUUUGUUAUUUCAUGAGGAUAGGGCGGAGCUCAGGACUCGCCCACAGUUUUUGCCGAAGGUGGUUUCGGCUUUUCACAUUAAUCAACCGAUAGUGGUUCCUGUGAUGUCGGACACAACAGUUGCUCCAAAGUCCUUGGAUGUGGUUCGGGCUUUGAAGAUUUACGUCAAGAGCACGGCUCGUCAUAGGAAGUCUGACUCCCUCUUUGUCCUUUAUGAGGAUGUCCUGCUUCUAAGCGGUCCAUUGCUCGUAGGCUCAGGUUGACUAUUUAACAGGCCUAUUCUUCAACAGCAUUGCCGCUGCCGAGUUCUAUUCAGGCUCACUCCUCUAGGUCAGUGGGUUCUUAUUGGGCGGUUGCCCGUGGCGUCUCGGCCUUGCAGUUGUGCUGAGCUGCUACUUGGGCGGGUUUGAACACUUUUUUUGUCAAAUUCUACAAGUUGACUACUGAGGACCUUUAGUUGGUCGCUCGGUUUUACAGGGGUCUCAGUACUCUACCACCCGUUCUGGGAGCUUUGGGACUUCCCCAUGGUAACUACGUUUCCCAGUAUACCCUAGGACGUUAGAGAAAAUAGGAAUUUAAUACCUACCGUUAAUUCCUUUUCUCGUAGCUGUUGCUAUCCCUGUUCCUUGUUUUGUUAGUGUUGCUAUCCUUCGUUUUGGGUAGCACUGCUACCUUUUGUUGAUAUUGUAUGUUGGUUCGUUACGUCACCGCUGUAUAUGUUAUAUCCUUCUCUCAAAGUAUGUCCGUCUCCUCUGGCACAGUUUUCUUAAACUGAGUCUGCAGGAGGGGCAUAGAGUGGAGGAGCCAGCACACUAAUGAUUUCUUAAAGUGCCAGGCUCCAAUGGACCCGAUCUAUACCCCCAUGAUAACUACGUUUCCCAGUAUUCCCUAGGACGUUAGAGAAAAUAGGAAUUUAAUACCUACCGGUAUACCAUGGGGGUAUAGAUCGGGUAACUACGUUUCCCACUAUCCCCUACGGACUACGAGAAAAUGAAUUACCGGUAGGCGUUAAAUUCCUAUAUUCUCAUUUACAUAUUUUUGUUAUGUCCGUGUACAAAACAUAGUAGUCUAUGGGGUAAAUUUAUCAAGCAGCUUUUCAGGAGUGGAUUUUGUCUGGGUUCAUAUCUGCUGUACAUUACCCACCUAUCACUGGACUUAUUAUGUAGCGGUUUGCAUGGUUACACCUCAAGUUGCCGGUUCAAAACCCUCCAAACCUUCUGCCGUGUUGAAGGGAAAAGCUGUGAUUUUUGCUUUUGUUUGAUGGUAUUGUAAGUAGCAUUUCUUUAAUAUGUAUUGGUCAUUGUCUCUAGGAUGGCUUUUUGUGGCAUGUUGGGCUUGAAAGUGGCUGCUAUAAAGCAAAUUUCCAUUGAUUUUGGCUGUUUGAUAAAUUCAUAAUGGUGUAUAUCCAAUGUGCUAUGAAACAGAUUUUUGUUUUUAUGGUGUAUAUUUUCACAUUCAUCACCACAUAUUAAUAAGUUUAGUGAACUCAAUUUAGUGAAUUCAGUGAUCACUUUUUGGUUUAUUAAUACUUUUGAAGUUUCUUUAAGUCAUCUCUGUAGAUGCAAACAACUAUGCAAAUUUUGGGACUGCAUCAUUAAGAGGUUAAUUUACUAUGGGUUGGUUUCUUGUGUUAGCAAAUCUAUUCUGUUUUCAGGUCCAAAUAUUGGGGUUCAGCAUCCUGCAGUUUGGAGGCUUAUAACACAAACUAUCCAAUGUAAAAUCCUUUAUAUUCCCUAGCAAUCUCGCCAGAAGGCCUGGUCCUUUAGGGGCCCACCAGCCCACUAAAUGGUUUACCGGCACAUUAAGAGUACUGGUCCAUUGUUGAGUAGCACUGGACCCCUCCUGAUAUCCCUCACCAUUUAUUGUUAGGGCGAAACCAUUAAAAUUGAAUGCAAGUGCAUCUGGCCCUGCAAGUAUAAGCAUGCACAGAGAGUACAUAAGUGUUUGUGUAUGCUGGGAUUUUUAGAACUACAAGUACAUGAAUGGGCAUACAGUAGGUACCAGUGCAUACCGUCACUUGUAUUUACACCAUUGUGGUAGUAGUUCCCCUGUAAUACAGAACUAAAUAUAUUGCACCAAUAUGACAAAAAAAGUUAAUAGCCCUGUCUGGAAAGAAGUGUGCCGGUAGGAUUGCUACCGAUAAGUGCUCCCAUAGUGAUUACCAGUUUUACCAUUUGGAUUGCGUCAGACUAAGAAAGAAUGAUUAUGCUAAGUAUUAUGGGAACAGGAGUAGGCAGGGUUCAGACUUGAAUUGCUGUUAAUAGUAUUAAACUGUCAGUAUGAUGAACUCUUAAAAGGAGUACUAUUUACCUGUUCAGGAAAGUCUUCCACUGCUCUUCUUGCCCACCAGAGUAUAAUUGACUUUUAUCUAUAAGGCGCCACAAAGUAAACAUAGACAGCAUUUUACAGUAACAUGCUAUCAGAGCAUAUGCACAAGGGCCCUCAUUCCGAGUCGUUCGCUCGUUCUUUUUUUUCGCAUCGCAGUGAAAAUCAGCUUAGAGCGCAUGCGCAAUGUUCGCACUGCGACUGCGCUAAGUAAUUCUGCUAUGAAGAAAGUAUUUUUACUCACGGCUUUUUGUUCGCACCGGCGAACGUAGUGUGAUUGACAGGAAAUGGGUGUUACUGGGCGGAAACACGGCGUUUUAUGGGCGUGUGGCUGAAAACGCUACCGUUUCCGGAAAAAACGCAGGAGUGGCCGGAGAAACGGGGGAGUGUCUGGGCGAACGCUGGGAGUGUUUGUGACGUCAAACCAGGAACGACAAGCACUGAACUGAUCGCACAGGCAGAGUAAGUCUGGAGCUACUCUAAAACUGCUAAGUUUUUUUUGUUCGCAAUAUUGCGUAAACUUCGUUCGCACUUUUAAGAUGCUAAGAUACACUCCCAGUAGGCGUAGACUAAGCGUGUGUAACUCUGCUAAAUUCGCCUUGCGACCGAUCAACUCGGAAUGAGGGCCAAUAUACAACAACAUGCCGCAGCAUAAGUACCAAACCUAAAUAUUGCACCCUGACUAGGACCAAUAACUGUAGUAUGAUCAUAGGUAGGACAACUUGCUGAAGCUAGAAGGAGUCAUGGGUGGCAGUCAUUUAGUUCUCCCAUUUUCCUGUACAGAGAGUAUGGGCAAGCAGUCAGAGUUACUGAAGAGGAUAAAGAGACAAUGUAGUGGAUCACUGGUGAUAAGGGAGGAGGAACCUGCCUGCAUUACAUAUACAGUUGUGUCCUCCUACAUCUAGCCUCAAUAUUCAGCAUGAGGUGCCUGGUGCAAGUGAGCUGCCAGGUCCCGUGCAGUUCCGCCAGCAUGGGCCUUUCUUUUUUUUUUUUUGUUGCUGAUAAUACAAUGCAAUAAAUGCACCUAGGAGAGGGUGCUGAUUAAUUUGACAUGCGACAUUUGUUUGUUGUGUGUAUCUGAGUUGGUAUACGAAGCACAACAUAAUUUAUACUCGAAAAAAGCUGCAGCUGCUACUUUGUAGCACUUUUUUGUAUAGAUAAGGAGAUUCAAAGACUCAGACGCGCACAGGUAUACAAGUGUCACAUAUCAAAUUAAUCCACAGUCACCUGGUGCAUCCUAGCUGCAUCGCGUUGCCACUAUGAUGCAUUUUUAGCAAAAAAGACGCCCCACACUAGCAGCAGAGUCUCACGGGCCUUGAACGGUUUGAUUAUUAGGUCAUUUCCCCACUGCUAACGUGUGGUGACCCAUAAAUUCCAGGUUAAGCCCCACAGCAUGCAUUUAACGCAGAUUUUUCCUUGCAGCUACUAAAAUUGCAAGAGAAAAUACGCAGUGCACCCACUGGGGCUUGGUGCGUGGGGUAGGGACACCUGUUUCAAUAGCUCAGGGUUGAAAUUUAGCCACUGGGUAAACCCCACAACAAAUUGAAUGUCCCAUAUAUUCUUUGUUUCCUUCAACUUAUUAACUGUAACUUGUGCAGGUUCAUUGGGAAUUAACACUGGUACUACCUUUACUGGGAUCCUUUAGCUAAAAUGUGGGCUCUCAUUACCUCUGUCCCUACUUCCUGGUCUUUUAGACGCUCAUACAUCGGAUGGUAUCUAGAGCCUCUGGAAAAUGUAUAUGGCGCAGUAAGAAUGUCCCUACAAGGUCAAGCUUGCUUUUUCUCAUAAUGCACGGUUUGGUGUAUAAUAAAUCUACCACGAGCAAGAGGACAUCAGAACUAAUUUUAUUACAUGUGUCACUUUUGUUGGUUUUCUGAUUUGUAUUCUAUUGAAGUGCGUCUAAAAUUGCUGUGCUACAAAAGUGUAACUGGAGAAUGCAAAAUGUGUUUUAUUGACAUUAUAGUGUAAAAGUUGAGUUUCCAGCAUCACUGUCUAGCUAAAUACUUCAAGCCCUGUGCACCUAUUUAUAUACUCCUUCGCUACCACUGUCUGCACAUUUAACUGAUCCCACCCAGCAAACUUAGGUUCAUUUGUCAACUAAAUAGUGCAGGAACGCAGCAGGUCCACCCAACUCCUCUCAUUGAUCAGAACAGACUUUUACACCCGUGCAGGUACUACCAUAUUGGCAGAAGAUCUGUGCCCUUAUGUGUGAAAACAGCUGCAUUUGUUUAAAGAUAGGUAUGCAGUGUCACAAAAGAUUAAGGGGGUAGAGUUACUAUCUGCCCAUGAUUUGCGGCUUUGACAAUUGGAUUUCAAAAGACAAUAGUAAUUAAUGCUAAACAAGGCUGAUUUAUCAUUAAUCAUUAUUGCUCUCUGAAAUCAGUCAAAGCCGCCAAUUGGUGGCAGCGUUGUGAACCCGACUGAUAGUAAAUGCCCCUAAGUUAAAAAAAAUUCUUAAGGUGAGAAGAACAAAUCAUUAUUAUUAUUAUUUAUUAUUAUUAUUGUUUACUCUUCCAAAAAAGAAAGUGGAAAGCAAUUUCAUUUGUGAUUUACUUUGACAUCUUUCCAUCCCCUCAAGAUCCUAUGCCUUUUAAUUACAGUAUUGGUUUUGAGACCAAACUAUAAUUAUUAUCCCCCCCUCCCCCCUCCCCCACCGACAGUAAUAUAUAUAGUCGUAUAUAGAGAUUUUACAAAGCCUUCUGCACUUAUUUAAAGCUUGUUUUAAAGAAACUUGGAUUUUGAAUUUUAUGUGUCUCCCAAAAUGUUGUAGUUUUGAUCCUCCCUAUAUUUGCACCACAAUUUGUUGUCAAAACUGUAUUUUAUAAUGUAUAGACUAUGCAUUUUAAGCAUCCAAGUUACCAUAAAAUAGCCAGGUGGAAUGACAAGGUAUUAUAUAUGAAUAACAGAAGGUUUUUAUUUUAUUUUCCCCCUCCCAAGCUGAAAUUAUAUUUUCCUUUAAUUUUGGAAUCAAAGUUUUAAUACUGUAAAUCACUAGUGCUCAACCGUAUGCUUUUUGUAAGUGUCAAAUAAACUUUCAGCAAUGCCAACAUUUUGUAUAUCCAAAAGUUUUUGGCAUCCCAAUAAAAAUGUAACCGAAUAGUACAUGUUCAUUGUUCAUUUUGUUGCAAUGUGUACUUGUCUACAAUAAAGUCUAUCCAGUGUCCUAA